UUCACAAUCCAUUGGAAAUCCAAACCAGAAGAGACACCAUGCCGACCGUCACCGUCAACAACCACCAAAUCUAUUACGCCGAUACCCACCCGGACGGUGCUCCGGCCACCGGCCAAACCAUCAUUUUCAUCCACGGCCUGGGCUCAUCGCAGAACUACUACUUCCCGAUCCUCCCAUACCUAAGUAACCACCGCUGCAUCACCCUCGAUACCUACGGCUCAGCCCGAUCAACAUACACCGGCGACGCCAUCAGCAUUGCCUCCAUCGCAUCCGAUGUAAUCGGAGUCCUAGACGCCCUACAAGUCCCCAAGGCCGUGGCCGUCGGCCACUCCAUGGGCGGGCUGGUAGUAACCCUGCUCGGCGCACAAUACAGCGACCGCAUAUCAGGCGUCGUCGCUAUUGGACCUACCCACCCGUCCGAGAAGCUCGCAGAGGUGAUGACGCAGCGCAGCGAGACAGUGUCAAAGGCCGGCAUGGAACCAAUGGCAAACACCAUCCCCAACGGAGCAACCGGCACCCGCAGCUCCGCACUCGUGAAAUCAUUCAUUCGUGAAUUGAUCAUCGGACAGAACCCCAAGGGUUACGCGGCGCUGUGUCUGGCGAUCGCUAAUGCGCCGGUCAUUGAGUACUCGAAGGUCACGGCGCCAUAUCUGUUGAUUGCAGGCGAGGAGGAUAAGUCUGCGUCGAUGGAGGGGUGCGAGCAUAUUCAUGCGGGUGUGUCGAGUGCGCAGAAGAAGUUGGAGGUGUUGAAGGGGGUGGGACAUUGGCAUUGUGUGGAGGCGCCGGAGGAGGUGGGAGGGCUUAUUGGGGGGUUUGUCCAGACUUUGUAG